ACUUAAUCAAUUUAAUGAUAUUGGAUAGACUAUUGGCGGAUAAAAGGUGGCAAAGUACGAAACAGGAUAAAGAUCAAGCCAAGAACUUGACAGAUUUGGAAGAUGUACGAAGUGAUUAUGAUAAUCAAAAAGAGAAAAAUAAAGAAAUGAUAAAGUGCGAUGAAGAUGAUGAAGGAACGGAUACGUUAAGUGAAGAAGAAUUUGAAGAAACUAAUCAAGCUAUUACAUUUGUGAAGUCUUAA